ACGGCCGGUCGAUCGGCGUGGAGGGCGUCCAGGUGUUGGGGACGGGGAACCUGAUGAUCUCUGACGCCACGCUGCAGCAUUCAGGAGUUUACGUCUGUUCAGCAAACCGACCCGGGAGCAGGUCCAGGAGAACCGCCCUGGGACGCCUCGUAGUACAAGCUCCUCCAGAGUUUGUGCAGUGGCCUCAGUCAGUCUCCAGACCAGCAGGUGGCAGCGCCGUCUUCAGCUGCACGGCGUCCGGCGCCCCUGAACCUCACCUCAUCUGGCUGAAGAACGGGAAGCUGCUGACGCCCAGCGGCAACGUCAAGCUCACCAAUGGGAACACGACUCUCGCCAUCACCCGUAUCACCCCCGAGGACGAGGCCAUCUAUCAGUGCAUAGCAGAGAACAGCGCCGGCACCAACCAGGCCAGCGCCCGCCUCGCCAUCAGCCAGGGGGCCGAUCUACCCGAGGCCCCCGCUGGCCUCAAGGCCAUGGCCCUCAGCUCCACCAUUAUGCAGCUGACCUGGGAACAGCCAACAGAGGCCGUCAGCCAGCAGAUUAUAGGAUAUGUCCUGCACAUCAGACGACUGGGGGAGCCGGACAGCGCAGAGCUGCAGGAGGCAGUCAGUAAGACCACCUUCAGACACGAGGUUAACAACCUGGAAGCUGCCACCACUUACUCCAUCUACCUGAAGGCUUAUUCUGCUCUGGGGGGAAGCCAGCAGUCCAACACCAUCACCGCCACCACACAUGGAGGCG